AUGUCUAUGAAUCAACAAAAUGACCCUUUUGCCGACACUGGGGAUUCAGAUUCGCAACCCACCAGUUACAUCCAUAUUCGUAUUCAACAACGUAACGGUAGAAAGACCUUGACUACCGUCCAAGGUGUCCCCCAAGAAUAUGACUUGAAGAAAAUCUUGAAGGUUUUGAAAAAGGACUUUGCCUGUAACGGUAACAUUGUUAAGGAUGAAGAAUUAGGUGAAGUUAUUCAAUUACAAGGUGACCAAAGAGUUAAGGUUUCUGAAUUUUUAACUACUCAAUUGGGUUUGUCCAAGAAGAAUAUCAAAAUCCAUGGUUUUUAA